UUUUUCAAGAAACAGCUGUUCUCACCAGAUUACACAAAGCUGUUUCAUGAAUAAUUGCGUAAAGAGCGUAAUCUGGCAUUUUAUUUGUGUUACGCUCUUAUUUUGUAGUUUACUUGUAUUUUACUCGCUUUUUAAUACGAGUAGCUCGUGGAAUAGACCUAUUAUUAGCUAUUCUUAUAGUGCAUUGAAUGAAGGGCACAACUCUAGCUUUCAUUCUAAGAUAUAGAUUAUUAAACAAAUUCACCUAAUACUAUGGAUAUUAAAAGUGCUAAAUCACGUACAAGCCGUGCAAUCUCCACAUUUAGCACACUUUUCACAUUCCAAUCACCAGCAGUUAAAAAAUUACUUGGUUGGAAACAGGGUGAUGAGGCAGAAAACUGGGCUGAGAAUGCAGUCAACAGUUUAGUUAAAAAAUUAAAAAAGAAAAAAGGUGCAAUUGAAGAACUUGAACAUGCUAUAUCUUGUCCAGCUCAACCAUCGAAAUGUGUGACUAUACCGCGUUCAGCGGAUGGACGGUUACAAGUGUCUCACAGAAAAGGGUAUCCGCAUGUUAUAUACUGCCGAGUUUGGCGUUGGCCGGAUUUGCAAUCACACCAUGAACUCAAAGCUAUAGAAAUUUGUGAAUAUCCAUUCAGCGGUAAAAAGAAUGAAGUCUGCAUUAAUCCUUACCAUUAUAAGCGUGUUGAAAACUCUAUGCUACCACCUGUACUUGUACCACGUAAUUCAGAAUUCGCACCCGGCCAUUCUAUGUUACAUUUUAAUCAAAUGCAUGAUCAGAGUAUGCCACACAACGUUAAUAAUUCUACAUUAGGCUCUAACUCAUACCUGGAUCCUAAUAGUCCACCAAUGACAUCUCUGCCAACAGCUAGCUCAAACUUAACUUUACCAAAUGGCUGCUUAGCUGAUAAACUGCCACCAGCGCAAAAUCUUUCGAAAGAUGGUACUUCUACUGAUCAAAAUGAUGGUUCGCAGCUACUUGAUUCUCAAAUGGACGAUGCAACACAUAUUAGUUAUACGGAAUCUGCAUUUUGGGCUUCGAUUGCAUAUUAUGAACUUAAUUGCCGCGUAGGUGAGGUUUUUCAUUGCAAUAAUAAUUCGGUUAUAGUAGAUGGAUUUACAAAUCCAUCAAACAACUCAAAACGUUUCUGUCUGGGACAGCUAAGUAAUGUUAAUCGUAAUAGUGUUAUUGAAAAUACACGCCGUCAUAUUGGUAAAGGUGUACAUCUUUAUUAUGCAGCCGGGAAGGUAUAUGCUGAAUGCUUAUCAGAGUCGGCUAUAUUUGUGCAAUCGCAUAAUUGCAAUUGUCAUCACGGUUUUCAUCCUAGUACAGUCUGCAAGAUACCGCCAGGUUCUUCAUUAAAAAUAUUUAAUAAUAUAGAAUUUGCUCAACUACUCUCGCAGUCGGUAACGAAGGGUUUUGAAGCCGUUUACGAACUAACAAAAAUGUGCACAGUACGUCUAAGUUUUGUGAAAGGUUGGGGUGCUGAAUAUCAUCGGCAAGAUGUUACUUCGACACCUUGUUGGAUCGAAAUACAUUUACAUGGACCAUUGCAAUGGUUAGAUAAGGUACUAACUCAAAUGGGAUCGCCACAUAAUGCUAUAAGUUCAGUAUCGUAAAUAGUUA